AUGGCUGCAUUUGUAACGAGGGAGGGUGGGACAAGACACUGUGAUAGAGUUUUGGUACCUUAUUUCAGUUUGAGAAGCAACUCUUCAAUCAUCACCGCAGUGAUGGACACAAGUAACUGGAGGGAUGAACUGCAGCCUGCUUUCCGCCAACGCUUUUUCAACAAUAUAUUGCAUAACUUACAGUUAGGUCAUCCUCCUGAGAGUUUUGAUGAAAUCCUUGAAUUUCACAAAAUUGCUCAUAGUAUUGAGCAGAAAAGUUAUGCUGGUGCUACAAGCCAGGCUGAGUAUGUUAUGCAAAUAGCUCGCAAGAUGCUUUUGUUGGAAAAAGCAAGAGAAAGAGAAUGGAGAGAUUACUUUUGCCCUGAUUCCCGACAAAGAAUUGUCUACAAAAUAAUGAAACUGUUAAAGAGACAUCUUGAUGUGACUGAUCCAGAGGGAUCACAAGAACUUUGGAGGAUUGCUGAAAGGCUUGAGGAGAAGAUCUUUUCUAAAGCAGACACCGAGACUGAUUAUCUUAGGAAAAUAACUAUAAAAAUGCAUAAAAUGGAGAAUACACCCCGGAGAAGCCAUUGACAACCAUGAAAUCAGCUUGAUCUUUACAAUGAACUUGUCAAUCCAGUUCAUACAAACCCGACGUAGCAUAGAAGCAGAGGUAGAAGAUUCCAGUAGAUGACUAUCCAAUGCGCCAGCGGUUGAAGCAAUUGUCAGUUAUAAUGGUUAAAACUUUCAGUGUUGUAACUGGUUCAACUAAAAUUGCAGAACUGUUUUGGACACCUCCUGUUAGAUUGGUAGUUUGGUCAUACUAACUUUUGUAAAGAGCCGUUGACUGUUGUGUUUAGACUUCCAGUUCAUGAUACCAAAUAGUUGGUCCUUUUUCUGAAGUGUUUCUGAUUUUAGAUCAUGAAUAAGGUUUGGGAUGCAGCAGCGUCUAGUAUCCAAAAA